UUAUUUCAACAGCAGCAACAAUAGUUCGUCAGACACCUCAGUAGCCUGCUAGACAAAAUAGCCGAACCAAUAUAUCGCUUUAGUGUAUAUUAGCCACUGCGUUUUAAACCCACUUCUGUCGUCUUGGUUAGUUAUCCGAUUUAAUUUCAUAUUUACGGCGUUGUUGUUAUUAUUCAGCUAGCGGUCUGGUUAAGUUAGCAUUAGCCUAGCUAACAUCCUCGACCAUGCGGUCACUAAGCUACUCUCCUUCUAAUGAAGAGGAGGAUAUCACAGUAAAACAAGAAGUAGAGGGUGAGGCCGUUACUGUGAAAGAAGAGGAAGACCUGUUCAGAGUGACAGAGGAGGAGGAUCUUACAGUAAAAGGAGAGGAUGAAGCAGUUUAUGGAGUGAAAGAGGAGGAGGAGAUGACUGUUACAUCGAAAAAGGAGGAGGAAGAAGAGGAGGAAACUGGAUAUCUGGGCCCGGUUUCCCAAACGCAUCUUAAGGCAUCCAAUGGUUCUAACGAUGAAUUAAGCCAUAAGAUGGUUUUGAGAAACCGUUCCCUGAUUAACACUAGAGAGAGAACUGUCUACCAUGGGUCCUCUUGGGAGCCUCAACAACCUCAUGAUGCUGACAAGGCAGAGAAGAGUCUCUCCAGAUCAGAACUCCUCAAGAAACACCAGCAGAGACCCACGGGAAAGAAAUCUCAUUGCUGCUCUGACUGUGGGAAAAGAUUUACCUCAUCAGCAGGCAUUAAAAUUCAUCAGAGAAUCCACACUUUAGAGAAACCUUAUUGCUGUACUCAAUGUGGGAAGAGUUUUACUCAGCUAUGCAACCUAAUAUCACACCAGAGAAUACACACAGGAGAGAAACCUUAUAGCUGUGAUCAAUGUGGGAAGAGUUUUACUCAGCUAUGCACACUAAUAUCACACCAGAGAAUACACACAGGAGAGAAACCGUACAGCUGUGAUGAAUGUGGGAAGAGUUUUGCAAGGUCGAGCAAUCUGACUCUUCACCAGAGAACACACACAGGAGAGAAACCUUAUAUCUGUGAUCAAUGUGGGAAGAGUUUUACUCAGCGAAGCAGCCUGAUAUCACACCAGAGAAAACACACAGGAGAGAAAUCAUAUAGAUGUGAUGAAUGUGGGAAGAGUUUUGCAAGGUCGAGCAAUCUGACUCUUCACCAGAGAAUACACAAAGGAGAGAACCCCUAUAGUUGUACUCAAUGUGGGAAGUUUUUUUUAACAUCUAGCCAUCUGAAGAUACACCAGAGAAGACACACAGGAGAGAAACCUUAUAGCUGUACUCAAUGUGGGAAGUGUUUUGUUCAAUCGAGCCAUCUGAAGAAACACCAGAGAACACACACAGGAGAGAAACCGUAUAGCUGUACUCAAUGUGGGAAGAGUUUUGUUCAAUCUGGGGAAGUGAAGAUACACCAGAGAACACACACAGGAGAGAAACCCUAUUGCUGUACUCAAUGUGGGAAGAGUUUUGUUCAAUCUAGCCAUCUGAAGAAACACCAGAGAACACACACAGGAGAUAAACCCUAUAGCUGUGAUCAAUGUGGGAAGCAUUUUACUCAGUCAAGCCACUUGAUAGCACACCAGAGAACACACACAGGAGAGAAACCUUAUAGCUGUACUCAAUGUGGGAAAAGUUUUACUCAGUCAAGCCACCUGAUAUCACACCAGAGAACACAUACAGGAGAAAAACCUUGUAGCUGUGAUACUCUGAUAUAAGAUAUCUGAUUAAACAUCAGAAAACAUGCAUGAAGGAGUUUUUUCAUGAUAUCAAACAUUGUAGAAUGAGUAUUUUAAUGAUGUCACAAUGUAGGAGGUUUUAACAUUGUAGAAGGAGUAUUUGGUUGCUGAUUGUCUCAAGGGUGGGCAGUAAAAAAGUUUUGUUUUGCUUUGAGCCGGUGCAUCACAAUUUAUGUUGACUGCAAGUUUUUCCGUAUUGGAGAUGAGUUUAGUUUGGGCUCCUUUUUAGGGGACGAGAGUUCUCGAAGCAAGUGAGUUUAAGGAUUCUAUAGAAAGGAAAAGAUACGAUAAAUGUUUUUUUAAUUGUUGACAGCCUGUAGACACCAUGUUUAUAUUGUAGAAGGUGAAGUAAUUGUAGUAGAAUAUGUGAAAUGGAAGUUAUUUUCUGUUGGUGGUGCGCAAACUUUUCCAACAACAAUAUAGGAUAUAUUUGUUGUUUUAAGGGGUAAAGUGUUACAGGCUUUCGUUUUUCCAUUUAUGUUUUGAGGUUGGACUUUAGCACGUAGGAAAGGGAGAUACCUAGUCUGUACAACUGAAUGCGUUCAACUGAAAUGUGUCUUCAGUGCACUGAUUGGUGUCACUUCGCUAGCACGUCCAGCUAGUUAGGACGUAGCACGCACUGAUUGGUGUCACCUCGUUAGUCAGUAUGUGUUACUUCUGUGCUGGCUUGUCCAUCUCGUUAGUGGGAAGGUGUUUCACCUGACCUGGUCCAGGUUCUAUUUAAGAGUGUCUGGCCCAGUGCUCCAGUUGUCUUGAUAGAUGUGGAGAGUCAACACUUUUAGUUGCUCCACCUUUUUGGUUUGCUUCCGGUCUUUAAUUUUGGUGUGGGUUUUUCUUUUGUUUGCCUCUUCUUGGUCAGAAUUAGUGGGUGUCUUUUAGGUCUCAGUUGUUGUUACUAGUCAACUUUCAGUGGACACCCCCAUAGUGUCAUUCGGUAUCCCUCCUAAAAUCCCACCUGUUUCUGUUGUCAGUGACUUUGUUAGUUCCCUUUUCUAUUUAAGUGACAUUUCUGGUUUUCUUGCUGGGAAAUGUAACAACUAACAAUGUAGUAAAACAAGCUUAUAUUUUGGGUUGUAGCAUCCAGUUCUUGUUAAUCAAAGGCAUUUCCUUGAAACGUUCAUUAGUCUUUCAGUUAUUCUUGUUUGCUGUGUAUGGUUUUAUUCAUUUUUUUUCUGUGAAAUGUGCUGUUUAAUUAAUGCUUGGUUUGAACAUAUUGCAAAAUAAAUGGAACCAAUC